AUGGUACCAAAGAAGAAAGUAGAAUCAAAAGUUAAUGAAUGGGAAAACAUUGACAUGGAUAAGAAGGAAGAAAGUAAUGACGUCUUCGUAUCACAGGCUGAUAAUAAGCCUUUAUCAGAAACUAGAAGUGAAUCAAGAGACUUCAAAGGUGGUUAUGAUAGAAAGGACAAUUACCGUAAUGACAGAAGUGGUAGUUAUGGCGAUAGAAGAGACAACUUUGAUGUUAGUAAAAGUGGUUACCGUAAUGAUAGAGGUGAUUAUUAUGGUAGAAGAGAUGAUGAGGGAAGAGGAGGCUAUCGUAACAACAGAAGUGAUUCUUAUGAUAACAGAAGAUCUAACUUUGAUAAAAGAGAUGAUUAUGGUAGAAGAGACAACUUUGAUAAUGGAAGAAGUGGUUACCGUGAUACCAGAAGGGAUAAUUUCCGUACUGAUAGAAGAGAAGAUUACGAGAGAAUAGGUGGUUUUCAUGAUGAAAGAAGAGAUAAUUAUGGUAGGAGAGAUGAUGAAAGAAGAAGUUACUUUCGUGAUGACAGGAGAGGAGAUAAUGGUUCUAGAUUUGAUAGAAGAAAUGAUGAUUUUAAUGAUCGCCAACAAUCCUCAAGAGAUUACAGAAGAGAUGAUAGGUAUGGAAGGAGGGAGAGUAAUCCUCCAAGUGAAGGACUUAUUGUAUUUGGUCUUCCACAAUCUAUGUCUCAUAAUGACUUUGAAGAUUUUGUUCGAGAUUCAUUAUCUACAAGUCAAUUUACCUAUCAGGUUAAAGUUGUUCAGGACAGAAACACUGGAGAGUGUAAAGGUUUUGGAUUUGUAACUUUACAAACUGUCGAGGAAGCUGUUGAGACUAAAAGAAUUAUUGAAGAGAUUGGAAGCUACAAAGGAAGUUCUUUAAGACUUGAUUUCUCUAGAAAUGAUAACAGAAGAAGAUAA